AGGAGGCAGCGAGGGGCCGCACGCCGCUGCGCCGCGCAGGACCGGACUGUGGACACCGGAGCAGAAUGGGAGACAUGCAGGGCCUGAUGGAGAGGCUGGAGCAUGCGGUCAGCCGGCUGGAGCAGCUCUCUGCAGAGUCACACAGACCUCCUGGGGACUGUGGGGAAGUCAACGGUGUCAACGGAGGUGUGGCGCCCUCCGUGGAAGCCUUCGAUAAGCUGAUGAACAGUAUGGUGGCUGAGUUCUUAAAGAACAGUAGGAUCCUUGCUGGUGAUGUAGAGACUCACGCAGAAAUGGUGCACAGUGCUUUCCAGGCGCAGCGGGCAUUCCUUCUCAUGGCCUCUCAGUACCAACAACCCCAGGAGAAUGACGUGGCCGCGCUUCUGAAACCCAUAUCGGAAAAGAUUCAGGAAAUCCAGACCUUCCGAGAGAGAAACCGGGGCAGUACCAUGUUUAAUCAUCUUUCGGCCGUCAGCGAAAGCAUCCCCGCCCUCGGAUGGAUCGCCGUGUCCCCCAAACCUGGUCCUUAUGUCAAGGAGAUGAAUGACGCCGCCACCUUUUACACUAACAGGGUUUUAAAGGACUACAAACACAGUGAUUUGCGCCAUGUGGAUUGGGUGAAGUCGUAUCUCAACAUUUGGAGUGAGCUUCAGGCAUACAUCAAGGAACACCAUACCACAGGCCUCACCUGGAGCAAAACAGGUCCCAUCGCGUCGACAGCAUCAACGUUUUCUGUCGUCUCCUCCGGGCCGGGUCUCCCGCCGCCCCCUCCUCCUCCACCCCCUCCAGGGCCACCUCCGCUGUUUGAAGCCGAAGGCAGAAAAGAGGAGUCCUCUCCUUCACGCUCAGCUUUAUUUGCCCAACUGAACCAGGGAGAAGCAAUCACAAAAGGGCUCCGGCACGUGACAGAUGACCAGAAGACAUACAAGAAUCCCAGCCUACGGGCUCAAGGACAAACUAAGUCUCCAACCAAAAGCCACACCCCGAGCCCUACAUCGCCCAAGUCUCUUCCUACUCAGAAACAUGCUCCUGUGUUUGAGUUAGAAGGAAAGAAGUGGAGAGUGGAGUACCAAGAAGACAGGAAUGACCUUAUGAUUCCGGAGACCGAACUGAAACAAGUGGCUUACAUUUUCAAGUGCAACAAAUCGACUCUCCAGAUGAAAGGGAAAAUAAAUUCCAUUACAAUUGACAACUGUAAGAAGUUUGGCCUGGUGUUUGACAACGUGGUGGGCAUUGUGGAAGUGAUCAAUUCCAAGGACAUUCGAAUCCAGGUAAUGGGGAGAGUGCCAACAAUAUCCAUUAAUAAGACGGAAGGCUGCCACAUAUACCUUAGUGAAGAUGCACUGGACUGUGAGGUUGUGAGCGCCACGUCCUCUGAAAUGAACAUCCUUGUCCCUCAGGAUGGCGACUAUAGAGAAUUUCCCGUUCCUGAACAGUUCAAGACUUCCUGGGAUGGCUCCAAGUUGGUCACUGAACCUGCGGAAAUUAUGGCCUGACCUCCAGAGAGACGGAACACCCCUUCCCCUGACCCCCCGCCCAUCAAGUGAACAAAAAAGCAGCAUUGAGGAGCUAGCCGUGACAGUGGUUUGGGUCUCCCACACGUCGUCAUUUCCGGCACGCCUUUGUGGGCAUUUGGAAAUAUUUAACACUUUUUUCAUGAUUUGCUUUUGUGUGUGACUUUUAGUUCCACUUGAUGACUUGCGAUCACUGACAAUUUAAAGGAAAAAGAGAGAAUUCUGUUCCCCUCCCAUCAUUAGGUGAACAUCUGCAUGAUUCACUUUUACACUUACGUUGAUUUGCUAGUAGAAAUAGGAACCAUCUGCGAAUCUGAGGCGUCCAUUUCUACCUUUUAGAGACUUUUCGGUAUGAUGUUGUUGUAGUUUGCCCUGAAAAAUGUGCAGUGGCUUUCUAUCGUGACCACAUACUCAGCUUUAUCAUUGCAGAUACACCGUUGGCAUGAAUACAUGUUUUAACCCAAAUUUUAAUGAAAGAGUGAAACUCCACAGUAAGGACCAAAUUCACUUUCUUGGUCCUUGAAAGACCUAUAUCCUUUAUCAUUACUAAAAACCAAAAGUGAAUUCGAAUUAUUCACCUUAAAUACUUUUCCACCGUGUUCUUCUUCUUUCUGAAUAAAGAUUCUUAUGCCAAAAGAUACAUGAAAGGAAGUCUUUUUUUUUUUUUUUUUUUUUUUUUUUUGCUACGUAAUACCUUGCAGUUUUAUGCUGAGGUCAAGCUCACUUUUGAUUCUCUGAUUUUGAAACUGUUAAAUAUCAGAUGCCUUUCUGGAUGCUUUGAAUGUUGGGUUACAGAUUGAUUUCUUCUUUUCCACUUGCCGGACUUGCUAACCAGUCUCAAAAAUGCACACAAAAAAGCCAUAGAUGUAUUUCUUCUUCUAACACCCAAGGAAUUAUUUGUUGGUUUGGCUUGCUGCUCCUAUUUUGUAGUCUUGAUAAGUCCAUGCUUUCUCCACAUAGGAAUAACUAUGGUAUUGCCUUGUAUCUUUUCAAUACGUAGUGCUGAAGAGCCUACAACUUCUUGAAUCACAUUUUCAUGAAGUAUAGCAUAAUGCUUGCAGAACAAAUACAAGCAUAUAUAUUGUGCCUAUGACAGCCUUUGGAAUACAUCAUUUCCACUUUUUAAAUAUCUCCUAUAUCCAUAUAGUAGUCAAAUGACUAAUGCUCACAUACCAAGGUUUUGCUAUAAAAGUUUUGUCUGUGUGAAUAAUGCUGUGACUUUAGUAAAAUAAUUUUUGAAAUGUAAACUUAUUCUGAAAUAAAAUAAAGUUCUAAUUGUGUAAAU